ACACUGAGGAGACAACGUGCGGCUCUAAAAACGAUUCUGAAAAGUUCGGCAAAACAAUGCAAUGUGCUCUGUCGUUAGCAGUUCAGUGAGAUUGUAUAAUAACAGGCGUUGAAUUAAGACAGAAGGUCACUUGAAGAAGAAGUUGAACGAGCUUCCUCUUUAUUUUUAAGUUCAGUGUGGUUAGUUUAGUCAGCUAGCAAGCUAGCAACAUAGUUGCAGGAGCUGCAACAUUGAAUUACUUGAUUGAAACAAGAGCAGCGUUAGUUUCCAACAUUGUCAACAGUUCAAGUUGCCGGGUUUAUUUGCAUACUUGAAGAAAAAGAAGCAGGUAUGAUUCACAAAUGUGCAGUGACUGGUUGUCCAAAUAGAUCGGACUCGAUUAUUCAUUACACACUACCAGAGGAGGAAAGCAGACGGCUGCGGUGGAUACAGUUCAUGGAAAGGGGAGGAAAAGAAAUGGAUGCCUCUGCACUAAGGAUCUGCGGUAGCCAUUUCACUGAAGACAGCUUCACGAAGUUGGAUUUGGGAUUCACAACGCGAUUAAUAUUAAGUGUAAAUGCAGUGCCUACAAUUUAUCCAGAGGAUCUCCUAAAACUGCAAAAGGAAUCUCACCACCCUCCACUAGAGGAUGGUAAAGCAGGAGAAGGUUACGUCAAAGCAACUGAAACACUUUCUCCAGAUUUUUGGAAACGGUUCCAGGCUAACGGCGCGCUGGAUGAAGAUGACAUGACAGAGGAGCCAGCUGAAGAUGACUUCACUGACGAGCCAGGCGAAGAUGAGAUGGAAGAUGAGAUGACGGAUGAGAUGGCUGUUGCGCCAUUCAAUUUAGUAAAAGUUGAACCACAACAUGAGGAUGGAUACGGUGAUUCACCAUUUGAACAGCACAAAACUGUCCAUAUGAACUCCUCUCUGAAACAAUAUAACUGUGCUCAGUGUGGGCGGAACUUUAGUCACAAAGCGUUUCUGAAAGCCCAUGAAAAGAUCCACGCCAGUGUGGAGACAGAGAUGGCAUUCAGCUGCACGAUGUGCGACAGGCGAUUCACUAAAAAGUCAGGGCUGAAGAAACACAUGCAUAAUCACCUGGCCAGGCUAAACUACCCCUGUCCAGUGUGCGGAGAGGAAUUUGAGUUGAAGGGCAGCCUCCAUAACCACGUCAAGUCACACCCUGGAGAGCGCUUUCGAUGUAAAUACUGUGACCAGGGAUUUUUAAAGAUCGACGCCUACAUGCGGCACGUGGACCGCCACACGGUGGUGACGCCGUACUACUGCGAGAAAUGCAAAAUCUACCAGCUGACCGAGAGAGGCUUCCUGCUCCACAAGAAAAGGCAUGAACGAGACGAACUGGAGCAGAAACAGUCUGAGAACAAGACCGUGGUGGUCAGAAAAGGUGGCAGGCCUAAAAAGAACCUCGCUCAGAUUCAGAACCUGCCGCAGGAAGAACCACAAGUAGGCGCUGAAAUCUCUGGACCGAACCUGACACUGCAGCCGCUCACCAACAUCAACGGCACACUGCUGAAGGCGUCUGGUGGAGAUCCAUCCCACGAGACGACCAACCCCUCAGAUGAAGCUGAGAUGGAGGAGGAGCACACUUCACCAGAGGAUGGUCCAACAACAGGAAAUGGCAUCAAUGGGACAGGAAAUGGCAUCGAUGGCUAUGAAACAGAGAUGCUUCUCGCACCGAUUGAAGAUGAGCUGAAUGAUGAGCCAUUUAAUAUAGUGAAAGUUGAACCACAAGAUUUGAAUCGAUUCACUAAACAGUUUCCUGCGGAAGAGAGCAACGUUCUGAAACCGUAUCAUUGCUAUCAGUGUGGACGGAACUUUACUCACAAAGCGUUCUUGAAAACCCAUCAGAAGGUCCACGCCAGUGUGGAGACACACAUGGCGUUCAGCUGCACAAAGUGCGACAGGCGAUUUAGCAAGAAGUCAGAGCUCAACAAACACAUGCAUAAUCACCUGGAAAGGCCAAACUACCCCUGUCCAGUUUGUGGAGAAGAAUUUGAAAUUAAAGGUAGUCUCCAUAACCACGUGAAAUCUCACCCCGGAGAGCGAUUCCGCUGCAAAUACUGCGAUCAGAGGUUCUUAAAGAUCGACCCGUACCUGAAACACGUGGACCGGCACACGGUGGUGACGCCCUACUACUGUGAGAAGUGCAAAGUGUACCAGCUGACGGAGAGAGGCUUCCUGAUCCACCAGCGAGCGCACGCCAGGGAGGAGCUGGAGCCCAGGUCCACUAAGCCGCGGCCGGCGCUGAAGAGACGACGGCGCCGCAGGAGGAAGAGCGUUCUGAUGACGAAGAGGCCGAUCAAGACAGUUGGAAAACCACAAGUGGGCUCGGAAGUCCCUGAACCGAAACUGACCCUGCAGUCACAUGCCGACACCAACGGCACACGGCUAGAGUUCCCAUCGCAUGAGACAACAGGCCGCUCAGCUGAAGCUGAGAUGGAGCAGGAGGAGGAGGAGGAGGAGGAGGAGGAGGAGGAACAAGAGGAGCAGGAGGAGGAAGAGGAAGAGCAGGAGGAGGAAGAGCAAGAGGAGCAGGAGGAGGAAAUGUCACCUGAGGAUGAAACCUCGGAUGGCAGUCAGAAGGAAUCUACAGAUUGAGAUUUACAGAAUUGAGAUCGGAAGAUGCCUUAGAAAGCCCCGUCUCCACUCACAGGACUAUUGUGCCCCCAUACUCCAUACAGGACUAUUGUGCCUCCAUACUCCAUACAGGACUAUUGUGCCCCCAUACUCCAUACAGGACUAUUGUGCCCCCAUACUCCAUACAGGACUAUUGUGCCCCCAUACUCCAUACAGGACUAUUGUGCCUCCAUACUCCAUACAGGACGAUUGUGCCAGGACUGUGCGGAUCUCUGGUGCUGGAUGUAACCGGACUAUGAUGAUCUUUGGUGCUGGAUGUAACCGGACUAUGAUGAUCUCUGGUGCUGGAUGUAACCGGACUGUGCGGAUCUCUGGUGCUGGAUGUAACCGGACUAUGAUGAUCUCUGGUGCUGGAUGUGAUGCAGGUCUCCCACAGCUUUCAAAAUGCUUCAGUAAAAUAAGCUGCAUGUCGUAUGCAAGUUUGUCCUUCAGUCUGUCUGAAGUAAUUAUGUUUUCUUCUUGCCCUUUUGUAAAUGUAUAUGAUUUCAUGCUUGUCCACUUUCUAGGCCCAUGUUUAUUACAGGCUGUGGAAUGUCCUCUUUGUAUGUAAGCAACUGAUCACGGUAUAUCCUACAUGUAAUUAAUUGUGUGCGGUCACAGUCAAUCAUGAUUAUAUUGUCUCUCAGUUUUGAGACCUGUAAAUACAUCUCUGAUCUGUUUUUAUCAGCUGUGUCAAAAGGGGAGUUUGAGUCAUCAUGCUGAAAAUACAGUCAUAUGAAUUAUUUUUUACACAGUAGUUAUGACAUGAACCAGAGAAUGAUUGUUACAUUAGAAAGAACUUUUAGCAAAUUAAUUUUUACACCUGCAAUGAGUAGUUCUUCUGUAUGUUGAUUUUGAGUAAUUGUAAAAAUGUCACGGUUUUGGUCUGUAUCCUCGUUCUGAAGAGUAGCAUAAAUGAUGAAUAAAACUCUGAACAUUU